GCGGCUGCGGCAGAGGGAGAAGGGGAUUGGAGAAAUUCCAGGUUCCGGAUUCUUUGAUCGGGCACAAAAGGGAUAGUUGGCGAAGUUUGGGUGCUGGAUUGGACGAUCCGGUUAAUUAUGUCUUCGGCGGUGGCAACGACCGGAGGGGGGAGGGCCGGUGCGGCCAAGCCUUUGGCCGGGAAGGUCAAGAAAGAGAGCGGCGGAGGUGAGGGGAAAGGCGUCUCGGCGUUGGAUACGAAGAAGAAGAUCGAAGCUUCGGGGAAAACGACUACGGUCGUCAGGCCGAAAUCUGCAACGGUGGUGGUGAAGUCCGAGGUCAAAAUAGCAACAACCGCAUCCAGUGCCUCCAAAACUGUGACGAAAACCAAAACCAGAGCCAAAACCGAGAAGAAAGUGUAUUCUUUGACUGGCCAGAAGUAUGAUCCUCCUGAAGAGAGAGAACCCUUGAGGAUAUUCUACGAAUCACUGUCGAAACAAAUUCCAUCAAGUGAAAUGGCACAAUUCUGGAUGAUGGAACAUGGCUUGUUGUCUCCUGAAAGAGCGAAAAAGGCAUACGAUAGGAAGUUGAAGAGGCAGUCACAGCAGAGAUUGGGUACACCUAUUAAACCCAAGCAUGACAGACCAGAGAGCUCCAAGAAACCUCUACCUCAAUCCAAGAAUGGAGAUGCUAAAGCAAGAAGAAGAGUUGAUAGUGAUGACGAUGAUUUCCCUGUCAAACAAAAGAAGGCUAAGAUCUAACAAGUAGAGAGUACAUAAUCCAAUUGUAGAGUCAGGCAAUGCCAUAGUUCCUGGCAGAUGAGAUUAGUUGAAGAUCCAGUACCAGAAACUCAAAAAGUGAAGGGGAAUGGAGAUUUAGAUUAGCUCAUUAUUCUCGUUGAGAGGGAUGAUUAAAAAUAGGGCAUUUUUCUCUUUAAAUUGUAUUCUCAUAUUCAUGUCAGAUAAUAAUUAAUGAUGUGUUGUUGUUGUGGAUCAUGUGAGAUGCUUAGAGUAACAAUAUCUUGAUAUCAAUUGGCUAAUAAAUUUGGUUUUUAUGAUA